UUUACAUCAGAAUGUUGGACCUUAACUUUUUUCUUUAAGAUCAGAUUUUGAUAGAUUUUUCGUAGUUCAUUGCGCUCUCAGUGCAAAGACUUGACUUAAUUUAACAUCUGCAACUCUCAAUUUGUUUUUCAUUGACGGACUUUUCACGCCCCUCUGUCCACCACGUGUCUUAUUUUUUCUUUGAGGGUCUCGUCCAACGUUGACUGUAAGAAUUAAUGUGCCUGAGACACAAGUCAUUUCAAUGGCUACCUCGGACUCCACCUUCUCUGCCUCCCAGUCUGCUCCUGUGCCCCAGGGUUUCCAUUAUGAAACCAAGUACAUAGUUCUGACCUACAUGGGAAUGCUGCCCCAUGGAAGAUCACACACUCUCACUGCAGCUCAAGAUGACCAGAAUGAACGAGAGAGGCAGAGAAUAAUGAAGGAGCAGAUAGAGGAAGAGCUGAGACGACUGGAAACGGAAAUAGAUGCAAACCUGGAGCGCCACUCAUCAUUAGUAUUCAGUCCAGUCAACCCAGAGACCAGUAUUAAUGACUGCCUGGCUGUGAUGGGAGGGCGUGUGGUCAGAGAGCUGGACGUGUUCCUCACAGCAGCAGUGCACACACUCCUCUCAGGGCCUCUGGACUAUCACACAUUCAGAGAGACUACCCUGUCACUCUCAACACACACAGGAGGAGGCUGGAACAAGGUCCUGGUUCCACUAGUUCUUCUUCAGGCUUUACAAAGUGAAAGUCAGUCUGUUACUCGUCUGCUAAACCUUGGGGUGCGAUUGUUGGAAGAGGAGGAAACUGAUUUCAUCGUCCAACAAGGAGGAUGGGGUGAAUUAUUCAGGAUUGUAUCAGAGCAGGCGCAAAGUGUGACAGUUGCUGACGACAACAACGACAUUUACAUCCUGUCAGGAGAGCAGCAUCUCGACCAGCACAGCCCUCCAUCAUCUCUACUCUGUCUCGGUGACAACAGCAGUGAGCAGAGCUCCUGGCAGACGGAAAGCUUGCCUGUGUCUUUGGUCGGCCACGAGUCUUGGGCCCAGGUAUCUGCUAUGGACCCGGAAGACAUCAAGAGCCUGGACAGUAAUGAAGGAAUGGCUCUGGCAGAGGAGCGCAGCGAGAACAACUCCUCAAACUCGGACAUUGUGCACGUGGAGCGUGAGGAGGCAGAGCUGCUGGAGGAAGGUGCCGAGGGCGGAGGGAUAGAGGAAAGUAUGAUGAGUGUCAUAGGCACAGAGAGCGAGCUGGCCGAGCUCAGGGAGGAGUUUCCAGACCAGACUGUAGUAGAGACUGCCCCGGCCUUACUCAUUUCUAUGGAUGAGUCACUUGUUGCAGAGACUCCUGAAAUCUUGUCUGCAGAACAUUUCCUUAAGUCUUCAGAACCAGAGCUGCCUCCCCCACCCUCAGAAGACGCUGCAACCCCUAUGGAAACAGAACCUGAAGCACCUUUACCCGUUGCUGCUGAACAACCAAAGCCUGAACCAGAACCAGAACCAGAGGUUGUAGCUGAACCACUGCCCGCUGAAGUGACAUCUCCACCUUUGGCUGCUGAAACCCCUGAAGCACCAACUGUGCCUCUAGAUGCACCGGAAGAACCUCCAGAACCACAACAGGAGUCGGAGCUUCCUGCUGUGCCGAAGCCAGAGACUGUGGAAGAGCCAGCAGUGGUCUCCGUGGCUGCACCUGUGUCGUCAGAGCACGCAGAGGUUUCUCCUGCAGACCCAGCAAAGAAGCCCCCAGAGCUGUCGGACUCACCGUUUGUGUUUCCAGCAAUGCUGUAUGGGAGUGCCGCGCUGGUUGUCCUGGCUGCCGUAGUAACAUACAGUGUUUUGAGAUAUAGGAGGAAGUAGAUCUGAGCUGCCGAAAAAGUAAAUAAUGAAUAGAAAUAAUGGCAGGGAACACCGUGUAAAUCGUGUUGUAUGAAUUAUAUCCAGCUGAUUUGUUUGGAAUCCACUUUUAUCCCAGUUCUCUGUAUUUCACCCACUAGUCACAAACACUGAUGUUCAUUUUAUCAGUCUGUCUCUUUCUCUGAUUUGUGACCUUAUUUUUCUGUGUGUCAUGUGUCCCCAUUAGAUGUAUAAAUACUGUACUGUACAACAAAUUUCUGCUCUGUCUUUGCCUCAACGUGCAAUCCUAAUUUUCCUUUUCACUAUGGUGACACCAACAAACAAACCAAAUACAUGAUUAUGUCAAAAAUAAAAUUAAUUUUUUUCACGGCUGAAAAAGAAAAACAUUCACUGAAGGAAGCUUCAUGUCGGGUUUUUGUCCCAGUCUUUUGUGUUGCACAAGAGAUUUCAGCAUUAAAGAAGCAACAUGUAUUUUUGUGAAAUGAAACAAUAAAUAUUUUGCCCAAAGAUGGCUUCAAGAA